CUUUGAAGUUCUGCCACUUCAUGCUCCAGCCUCAGGUUUCUGAGGCCCCUCAUUUGCAAAUCAGACUCCAGAGUCCUUGGGUUCACAUUGCGUUCGUGUGACUUCAAGAACAUCAAAACACAGCGGCAACCUGCAGAAGAUUGUGGGAGAGCGCGCUGCAAAAAUUCGGCAAAGGAGCAGCUUUAGCCUUAGGUAGCUUUUAGAAAAGUGGAUUUGAGCUGUCACUAGGCUGUUGACAGAAGAGAAGCUUACGUUGCAGCCCUGGCUACAGCCUUCAACUCCAAGAAACUUGGUAGCGGGGCUAUGCAAGUAUGGACGACCUUAAGUUGAACGUGAAUAUCAACAUAGCAGAACCUGAUCAAUCAGCAAGGAGCGGGGCUGGACAUAACCCACCCGAGCAAGCGGAUGAUGGUACGAUCAGAGAGGACGGUGACGCUGAGAUGGGUGAUGUCAGAGAUGAGAAAGCGGCAAAUGAUGAAGUUGGAGAGGAUUCAAGGGACGAGAAGUACGAUGACAUGGAGGAAAUCGAAACGUUAAAACAGAAAGGUAUGGGGAGCAAAGAUGGUGAAGUGGUGAACAAUGAAACAGGGGCUCUUGAGGCGGAACCAGACUUUGAAGAGAAGGAGAAAGACUGGGACGCUGAAGAUGAAGAAGUAGACGCUUAUGCACAUGAUGAGGAAAUUGAGGCAGACAAUGUAGAAGAGGAGUGCAAUGAAGAACGAGAAGCCAGCGACGGAGUCACUGAGGCCCAGACAGGAGCUCAAGAAGGCGAUGAGACGACGGGUGAGAGGGAACAGGAUGGGAACGCUGCUGGGACAGGGAAAGGUCAAGCGGAGGCUGCACAGAAGGCUGAGAUCAUGUUGCCGCUGGCACGAAUAAAGAGGAUCGUAAAGUUGGACCCCGACAUUAAGCAGGUCUCCUCUGAUGCCUUGAAGACGAUUGCACUUGCGACGGAGCUGUUCUUGGGUUCGCUUGCGGAGUCAACAGCGCAUGUGACGCGCGCUGGCAAGCGGUCGAUGGUCAAAGUCGAGGACUUGCUGCAAACCAUCAAAAGCCGGCGGCGAUACAAGGAGUGUAUGGGCACCGACUUAGAGUACUUGAGACCCGUCGAUGCAAAUCAGGCUGCACGGCAGGAAGCAAGGCAAGCGAAGGCGAAAGAGAAGGCGGCCCGCGAGCUGCCUCCGGGAGUCAAGCCAAUCACGAACUUCUUCAAAAAGUGAAAAGCCAGUGGCUAAUCAGUCGGACGUGUUGUUGGUAAACAAUUCCUGCAGUGAAAGGCGUGCAUAGCAAUGGCGGAUUGUCGGCG